CUGAAUUAUACAACAGCAACGUCUUGUAGUUUACACCUGCUGAGGGAAAGGGAAGGAGGAGCUGCUGAGUCCAGACGACAGCUUUAGCUGGAGGAGCAACAUCUGCAUUUUCUCACCCCUCUUAUCAGUUAUAUUUUCCCUCCAGAGGUGGAGUCUUUUUCUUCAGAGGAUGCAACUGCACACUUUGUGUUUCCUAUGGACUCAUUAUGUGUUUUUUCGGCAAGGCAGGUCAGUCCAGUGUAAGGAUAUGAAGUUACCCGGCGGCGGCGCUUCCAAAGCGCCCUCGCCAUCUGACUUUCUGGAUAAGCUGAUGGGUCGCACAUCUGGCUACGACGCUCGCAUCCGCCCCAACUUCAAAGGACCUCCUGUGAACGUCACCUGCAACAUCUUCAUCAACAGCUUCGGCUCCAUCACCGAAACCACCAUGGACUACCGGCUAAACGUAUUUCUGCGCCAGCAGUGGAACGACCCUCGACUGGCUUAUAAAGAGUACCCGGAUGACUCGCUGGAUCUGGACCCGUCCAUGUUGGACUCCAUUUGGAAGCCCGAUUUAUUCUUUGCCAAUGAAAAGGGAGCAAAUUUCCAUGACGUUACCACUGACAACACACUGCUCAGAAUAUUCCAAAAUGGAAAUGUCCUCUACAGCAUCAGGCUGACAUUAACCCUCUCAUGCCCUAUGGAUCUAAAAAACUUCCCCAUGGACAGCCAGACGUGCAUCAUGCAGUUGGAGAGCUUUGGCUACACCAUGAAUGAUCUCAUCUUCGAAUGGCUGGACGUGGGCGCUGUGCAGGUGGCCGACGACCUGGUGCUCCCUCAGUUUGUUCUAAAAGAGGAGCAAGGCCUCGGUUAUUGCACCAAGCAUUACAACACAGGUAAAUUCACCUGCAUCGAGGUCAAAUUCUACCUGGAGCGCCAGAUGGGCUACUACUUGAUCCAAAUGUACAUACCCAGCUUGCUCACUGUCAUCCUUUCCUGGGUGUCCUUCUGGAUCAACAUGGACGCGGCUCCGGCCAGAGUGGGCCUGGGCAUCACCACGGUGCUCACCAUGACCACGCAGAGCUCCGGCUCCAGAGCGUCUCUACCAAAGGUGUCCUACGUGAAAGCCAUCGACAUCUGGAUGGCGGUGUGUCUCCUUUUUGUGUUUGCCGCCCUCUUGGAGUACGCGGCUGUUAAUUUCGUUUCCCGGCAGCACAAGGAGUUCUUCGGAUCGAGGAAGAAGCUCAAAGAGCAAGAGCGGCAACGGAUUCAGGGAAGUGGCGAGAGCAAGACGAAAGGCAACAUGGCAGGCAAUGAUGCGACUCAUGGGAGUGCGGGCCAGCAGUGCAGUGCCUGCGCUCGGGAGGAGCUAGCUCGCCAGGGUUUACUCUUCCACACUUUCGGCCUGGGACUGGCGAGCGCUUCCGAGAUGGAUGCGACACCGGUUUUUGCCGACUUACCUCCUGGCUUGGGCUACUAUGACAUCAGGCGGCGCUUUGUGGACCGAGCCAAAAAGAUUGACACCAUCUCUCGCGCCCUGUUUCCUAUGAGUUUUCUUAUGUUUAAUGUCCUCUACUGGCUCACCUACAAAGUUUUACGGCACGAAGACGUCCAAUUUAAACUGUGACUUGACGAGGGAAAUAAUAGGAACACCCGAUGGUUUCGCACGAUGUGUGUAAUGACAGCAUGACAGCUGCUCUUAAAGAUAUAUUAUGCUGUCCACAACUAAGUUAUUAUUUUGAUGGAUAUUUUAUUUAUUUAUACCUCAAGAAACACUUUUUGUUUGCACUUGUGAGCAAAUACUGUGUGGCACACAUGGCUUGGCAUCUUGGAUAUUACUUUAAUUUUAAAAAGAAUUAUUGUUCUUAAUUAAUGUACCCCUUCCUUAUCUUCACCAGCAUUUGGACUGCUGCAUACCGGAGAUUCUUUCCCAGGUUGUGUGCUCAUUUUCACAUCACACUGACCAUUGUGCGUCACAACACCACAAUGUAAUGAAUUACAAAUUCUGCUCUUGUCAUCUAAGUUGUUGUUUUUUUAAUUGCAAAGUUUUACUGGAUUUUUUUUUUAUUUGUUCAAAUUUGUCAUGGAAAAAUAUUCAGAAAAAGCUUUACUGUACAGAAAUACAUACUGACGCCAUUUUGCGUGUACGGCCAGAGGGUGGUGCUGUUGCUCGUUUUAUUUAAUGUGCACGUUCAAAGACGCAUCUUUAAGUUAGAACUUGAGCGAACCAGUGAAAUGUCUGAGGUUGGCUUUUUCAACACUAUUGAUUUGCUGAGAAGUCAAGCCAACUCUAGCCAACCUCUUAUUUGACUUAUUCGUGAAUAUUUGCUUGCUGGUCUUCGUUGCAUUUAUUUGCCAAGUUGGGCAAUAUUUGAAUUUGCAUAUUCCUACUGUAUAUAUUUUUUGUCGAUUUGAGAUUCAUGGAGUAUUAAAAA